AUGACUAUUACUAACAAUAGAACAGAAAUGGCAUCGUCACCAGAAGCUAUUACUACACCAAAUCCAUCUGAAGAUGGAAGAAAAAAAUGGUACUAUUGUGGUAAUGAUCAAGUUAUAUAUGGACCGUAUACUUCAAACGAUAUGAGGGUUUGGACUGAAAAUGGGUACAUAGGAGAGUAUGUAAUGAUACGAGGAGAAGAUGAUCUUCAUUUUCAUAGGCUUAUGGACUAUAGACGUGCAUUAAAUGGUGAUUGCCCAUUUAAAUGUGACAUCUCAUCAUUUGAAUCUAUUCAACAACCAAACCAUAAUAAUCAAAAUUUUAAUAAUCAUGACAUAUUACCAUCAGGAGAUGGUUUUGAUUAUAAUGAAAGACUUAAUAAUGUUGUUUUUAUUUCUCAUACUGGUGGAUCACCAUUUUAUCAUCCUACCAUUCCACCACAUAUGAUUUCAUAUAAUCCAAUUCCAGUUAUUUCUCCUCAAUUAACCAAUCCAUUAAGAAUGAUAAAUAAUCCAUCUUCUUAUGGAAUGGAAAUUAAUAAUAUUCAAGGAAAUACAAUGGAGAAUACAAUUAAUUAUUCACCAACAAGUUCUGAAAAUUUUGAUGAAACAAAUAAUAAUAUGUCAUUAACAUUAGAUGCCUCAACAUCUACAUCUGAUGCUCCUUGGAUUGAUUGUGGAAAGAUUAAAAAUGUUCCUGUUACUGUUGACAUAAGUACAUCAACAGAUGAUUUGAAAAAAAGUUAUUCUGAUGUUGGUACACAAACGACGACAGAAAUAAAUGCCAAAACAUUAACUGAGUUAUUUGAAAAUAUGUUAGAAUCCAUUAUUAUUUUUUAA